CUGAGACGCUGGUUUGAAGCAGUACGUAACGUGUGUCUUGUGAUGAGCUCGACGCUCCUCUGACUGCGACAAGGAGAGACGACCAGCGGACUUCACUAAAGGUGUUGAGGUUUGGUGUCCUGUGUUUUGAGAGGUGCUGUGACAUCGUUAAGGGGUGCUGUGACAUCAUCAUCGGCCAUGGAGGGGAGGAGUGUUCUGAGGCGUGCCCAAUCUCUACGGAGCGUCUCUAUGGGUGACGGAGACAAGCCUGCCUGGGCGGAGGCGGGGUUUAGAGACAGGAUGAAGUCCAUCUCCGUGUCUCAGAUGUUGACCAGAUACCAAGCCAGCCCUUCAGCAGAGGUCCCUACCCUGAACCAUGUGGAGCACAAGACUGAGGUAAAAGAUAACAGAUACCAAGCCAGCCCUUCAGCAGAGGUCCCUACCCUGAACCAUGUGGAGCACAAGACUGAGCAGAGAACCAAGCAUCAGACCUCCUUCUCAACCGUCCGUGAUAAAACAAAGAGACAACUGGCAGAGAGAGCACAGGAGCGCAAGCUGGAGUCCCUGAUGACAAACAAUGGAGUGAGAGAGACGACCAGGAUCAAGCCCAGUGUGUCAGAAGUGAGAGAGACGACCAGGAUCCAGCCCAGUGUGUCAGAAGUGAGAGAGACAACCAGGAUCCAGCCCAGUGUGUCAGAAGUGAGAGAGAAGACCCGUGGGUCGGCCAGCCUGUCAGGGGAGAAGUCCCAGAGGUCGACCAGUCUCUCCCGCAGUAAGUCCAUGUCCAGUCUCCCUGGCCCCUCUCCCAGAGUCGACCCGGCCGGCAGUAUCGGAGCCCUGAAGGCUCUCUUCGAGUCAAAGGUCACCAAGGAGAAGGUGAAGAGCAUCAUGGGAGCUGUAGGCCAAACACCAUCACGUCCCAAGAUGGCAGCUGCGGCCCCAGCCAUCAACGGGUUGGUGGAGGAGAGAAAGGGCCCUAUAGAGGAGAAAGCUGUACCUUCACCUGCACCUGCAUCCCCGGCUAGAGAGGAGGUCAUUACACAGGUUGGGAGAACGACGCGCUCAGAGAGGAGAAAGACCAUCAGUGGUAUCAACCUGGAAAAGAUAUCUACAGCAUCUCAGGAUGAUGACAAGAGGAAGUCGAUCUCAGACCUCAGUGACGCCGGUUCCUCCUCCUUCAGCCCAGAGAGGGAGAAACCGUCCGCUUCUGUCUCUGUCAGAGCCAUAUCUGCUCUCUAUCUGUCCAAGGUAGCAGCUGCAGAGUCAACGGCUCAAGAUCCAUCCUCUCCAACCAAGAGAGGAGUGAAACCCUCCAAGUUCCUGCCAUGUAAACAGGACGUGUGCUCAUCCUGUCUGAAGCCAGUCUACCCUAUGGAGAAAAUGGCCGCUGAUAAAUUCAUAUUUCACAAGAACUGUUUCUGCUGUAAACACUGUCAGAAGAAGCUCAGCAUGCACAGCUAUGCUCCUCUGUACGGAGAGUUCUACUGUGUAUUCCACUACCAGCAGCUGUUCAGGAGGAAAGGGAACUAUGACGAGGGCUUUGGCCACACCCAACACAAAGACCGCUGGCUGCAGAGAACCAAUGAGACGCCGGGGUCUAACAGCGCUGAUGUCAUAUAGAGCUCCCUGAUUGCUGACGCGGUGACCAUGACAACACUGAAUCACAGCAUCGUUGGAGUCACCUGGGUUAUGUACUCCAUGUACACACUGUAUACACUGAGUCGCUUGACAGUAAUCAGCACCAGAGUCCACUUUAUGGCCGCAAUUACAGAGAAAUUAUAUGUUUUAUUUCUGAGACAA